AUGUCAGUUGUAGGAAUUGAUUUUGGAUCUUCUAAAACCGUAAUUGCAGUUGCACAAAGAGGUAAUGUAGAUAUUUUAGUAAAUGAGGUUUCCAAUAGAUCCACACCAUCUAUGGUCUCAUUCGGCUCUAAGAACCGAUAUCUUGGCGAAUCGGCGAAAACUCAAGAAAUUAGUAAUUUUAAGAAUACAGUUUCUUGCAUUAAAAGGUUAAUUGGCCGAAAAUACACAGAUCCGGAAAUUCUUCUAAUUGAAAAGGACUAUGUAGGUGCACAAUUGGUUGAUAUUAAUGGACAGGUUGGUGUAAAGGUCAAUUUCCUUGGAAAAGAAGAAUAUUUUACAGCUACUCAAAUAGCUGCUAUGUAUUUUACAAAAAUUAAACAGACAUUUCAAAAAGAACAAACCAAGGGCAUUCCAGAUGUUGUUAUUUCUGUGCCAUCGUGGUUUACAGAUUCACAACGUCGAGGCAUUUUAGACGCAGCUGAGAUUGCUGGUCUUAACACUCUUAGAAUUAUGAAUGAUAUAACUGCAGCUGCAUUAAGUUAUGGAAUCACUAAAACAGAUCUUCCUGAAGAUAAGUCGCGAAUUGUAUGCUUUAUCGACAUUGGUCAUAGCAAUUAUUCUGUCUCAAUUGUAGCAUUUAAAAAGGGACAGCUUACUGUUAAAUCAUCUGCAUAUGAUCGGAAUUUUGGAGGUCGUGAUUUUGAUAAAGUUCUUGUUAAUCAUUUUGCUAAGGAACUUCUGGAUAAAUAUAAAAUCGAUAUUAAUUCUAAUGCCAAAGCUAAAUAUAGAAUGACAGUUGCAGUUGAGAAGUUGAAGAAGAUUCUUUCUGCUAAUGCUGUUGCACCAAUCAGCCUUGAAUCUUUGAUGAAUGAUGUUGAUGUUAACUCUUUAAUAUCUAGAGAAGAUAUGGAAAAAUUAGCUCAAUGUUUAUUUAAUCGUAUCACCUUUCCUUUGAGAGAAGCCUUGGAUAGUGCAGGAAUGACAAUUGCUGAUAUUGAUUCUAUUGAGAUGAUUGGAGGUUGUACAAGAAUACCAUCUAUUAAAGAAAAAAUAUCCUCAUUCUUUGGAAAACCGCUUUCAUUUACACUUAAUCAAGAUGAGGCUGUAGCACGUGGCUGCGCGUUUGCAUGCGCUAUUUUAUCUCCUAUUUUUAAAGUGCGCGAAUUUUCAAUUCAUGAUUUAACUCUUUAUCCUAUUCAAUUUUCUUGGGAGGCUUCUCAUGAGGUCUCUGAUGAAGAAACAAACCUUAUUGUCUUUCCAAAAAACAACGUUGUUCCAAGUACUAAAAUUCUUACAUUUUAUAGAAAAGAACCUUUUACUAUUGAAGCUUCAUAUGCAGAUCCAUCUACUUUACCUGGAAGUUUUAAUACCUGGAUAGGAAGAUAUCAUAUCAAAAAUGUCGUACCGGAUGUAAAUAAUGACUUUUCUGUUAUAAAAGUUAGAGCACGGCUCAAUCUGCAUGGCCUUUUAAGUCUCGAGCAUGCAUAUAUUGUAGAAGAACAGGAAAUCGAAGAGGUUGUUUCAAAAGAAGAAUCCACUGAUAAAGAACCAAAGGGUGAAGAAAAAGUGAAUGGCGUUGUAUUUCCUGAUUCGAUGGACGUUGAACAAGAAAAGCCUGAAACACGUAAAGUAAAAAAGUUAGUGAAAAAAAAAGAUUUAACUAUUGUGUCGGAAAAUGUUUCUCUUGACAUAGAUACGUUGAAGAUUCUUAAAGAAAGAGAAGAAGCAAUGAUUUUGGAGGAUAAAAUAAUUGCUAAUACAGAAAAUCAGAAGAAUGCGCUAGAAGAAUAUAUUUAUGAUAUGCGUAGCAAGCUAUAUGAUUUAUAUGCUGAUUAUGCUAGUAAUGAAGAAAAAGUUGGUCUUGAGAAGUUGUUAAAUGAAACAGAGGAAUGGUUAUAUGAUGAAGGAGAGGAUACAACAAAAGCUAUAUAUAAGAGCAAAUUGGACGAUCUUAUAAAGUUUGCGGCUCCUAUAGUUCAACGUAAAUUUGAUGCAGAUGAGAUUGAACGUAUUGCAAGAGAGGAAAGAGAAAUGGCAGAAAGAGCACAAUCUCAAAAAGCAAAAAAAGAUGACUCCAAAGAAAACAAUUUCGUUUCCACAGAAAACAAUUUUUUAGAACAAGAUACUGCACAUAUACCAUCUGUUCCUGAUACAGGAAUGAAAGGAUCUGUUUAA